AUGCGUGUAUUUUUAUUUAAAAUUGCAAGUAAACAAAGAUGGACACUUUAUAUUGAAAAAUCUGAAUUCUUCUCAAAGAAAGUUGAUAUCGAACCUACAAUUGUAACAACAUCAAGUAAUAAUAAUAAUAUAACAUUACCAACUCAAUCUAAAGGAGUUUUAAUAUUAAAUAAAUUAAAGAAUAUAGCAAUUGAAUCAAAGAAUGAAAUUGAUAACGCUCAAGAUGGUGUUGGAUUAAAAGGGAAAUUAAAAUCAUUAUUAUCAUAUUUAGAAUCUAAAAUCCAUCCAGAAGAAGCAGUAUUACAACAAUUUUCAAAAAUUAAUGAUAAUAAUUUAAUUAAAAAACAUAAUCAUCAUAACCAUCAUAAUCAUAUUCAUCAUAAUAAUAAUAAUAAUAAUAAUCAAAAUGAAACUGUAAAACACCAAUUUGAACAUUUUAAUGAACAAAGAGAUAAAGCUAGUUUUACAAUAUAUUAUCCAUCAAAUAUUGGAUAUAGACGUGCUAAUAGAUUCUCACAAGUAUUAAUGAGACAAAAGAUACGAUUCCAUCAAAAAUGGAUGAUAAUCAAUAGUUUAUUAAUUCCAAUUACAUUUGCUGCCACAAUUUUACCAGGCCCAAACAUUUUCUUAGCCUAUAAUCUUUAUAGAUUAUAUGGUCAUUUCCAAGCAUUAAAAGGUUGUACCAAUCUAUCAAGAUACACUAAAUCACAUGGUAGAUUAUUAUUUAAACCAAGUUUAGAAAUGUUUGAAUGUUUAGAUGGUGAAUUACUACAACAACAACAACAAUUUAAACAACAACAACAACAACAACAACAACAGCAAGAAGAAGAAGAACAAUCAAUCGAUAAUCCAAACUCAUAUGAAAAAUUAUCCACAAGAUUAAGAAUACCAGGUUUAUUUGAUUAUGUAAAAAGAAUUGAAACUAUUGAAAACAAAUAA